GCAGCUGCCUCUGAGUGGCCUGAGGCCUGGGCAGCCGGCCAAGCCCAGCCACUAUAAAAGGGAGCGCCACUCAGCCCCAACAUCCUGUGAACUCUGUCAACUGUCAGCACGGUUUCAGGAAGACCUGGUGGGCAAAUCCUUGGGCAUCAUGCUGACGGAACUGGAGAGCGCCCUGAACAACUUCAUCGACAUCUACCACAAGUACUCCCAGGACAGAGGAAAUGUCCACGCCCUCUACAGGGACGAACUGAAGAGAUUGCUGGAGGCCGAGUGUCCUCAGUACAUAAAGAAAAAGGAUGCAGACACCUGGUUCAAAGAGUUGGAUAUCAAUAAAGAUAAUGCGAUCAACUUCGAGGAAUUCCUGGUACUGGUGAUAAAAGUGGGCGUGGCUUCCCAUGAAGACUUCCACAAGGAGUAGCAGGGCUGCUGGGCCUGGGGCUGGGCCCCUGGACUGGUCCCUGAACAAUAAUAAACUGGUUGAUACCUCUUA